AUGUCGGGUUUCUUAUGCAGCACCUCCAAGACGCAGCAGUCCCUCGUCCUUUGCAAAGGGUGCUGCGAAUUUCACAUCUUCCCGUCCAACCAGGUCAGGCCCGCCCUCAAGUUUCAAGGCGGCGAGUGGUCUGUUAAGCAGCUGGGCAAGACUGGGCUGCUACGCCUGCUGUCGAGGCUCGCGCGGCUGGCUCGCACCGGCUGGAGGAGUGUCGGGAUUGAACUGUUCCAGUUCCCGGCCAAAGGCGACAACCCGGGCGGCCUCGGGUGGGGCGUCAAGGCGCGCCGCAAGUCUGUAGUGACUGGCGGGGGGGAGGAGUGGCUUCACGGCCCGUUCCCGACAGCAGUGGCCGCCUACGCGGCGUCCUGCGAGAUGGUGCUGCUCGAGGGCCGCAAAAAGAGCAGCAGGCUGGCGUUAAAAAACGACCAGGACAUCAAGCUGGUGCUGGAGGCCUACCACGGCCUGGAGGACGGCUACCGCACCACAGCGCAGGCCUGGCAGGACAUUGUGGGCAAAGCUGCCGUCCCAUACUGUCAGAUCCCAGCUGACAUCGGCGCCGGCGGUGGCGGUGAUGAUGGCGGUGAUGAUGGCGGUGGCGGUGGCGGUGGCAGUGGCGGUGAUGAUGGCGGUGGCGAUGACGCCGGCGGUGGCGGUGCUGGUGACGGCGGCGGUGGCGGUUACGGCGGCGAUGGUGGUGGCGGUGGCGGCCAGCAGCAGGGGGGUGUGCCUCUGUAUGGAGGGGACGAGGCUGCGGACGCGGCGCAAGCUCUGAUGGAGCUCCAGGCCGGGCCACGGAACGCCCCGGAGGACCCCAGCACAGGCCCAGCGCGGGUGCCAGCGGCUGCGCCGAUGGAAGCGACCGCACCGGCGGCGGAGGGUGACGGGGACGGCGGACCGGCGCAGGGGUAUGAGGAGGCUCUGGAGGCCCAGGUGGCAUCCGGCAGCAGGCAGCUGAAGCGGGCGGCGCGUUCAUAUGCGGCCUCUGUGUGCGACUGGGCGGACCACGCCGGCGGCGUGUGGGGGCUUGCAGCGCUGGCGAGCAUCGCUGAGCUGGCGGUGCUCAAGGCGGCGUGCGGGGAGGCGCUGUCGGCGGCCGCGCUCGUGAGCGAGAUGCCCGCCUGGUCGGACCUCGCCUUGUACAUGGCGCGCAUCGCCGGCGCUAGGAUGGUGGUGCGCAUCGACGCCGCGCUGGCGCACGCGCGCGUGCCGGUGCCGGCGGGGGUGCCGUUUGCGCCGCUGGUGGCGGCCCUGCUGUUUAUGCAGGGUGUGGGUCUGCCCGAGGGCCUGGAUGGGUUGAGCGAGACAGACAUGAUCGUGCGGCUGAGGAUGCCGCCGCUGGCCGCCGUCGUGCUCGUGCGGGCGCGGGGCCCGUGA